CUUGUUGAAGGGAGCAACGCUUUUUUGUGCUUGGCAGCUUGAUCCACCCGCCCCUCUUGAAUUUUGCGUACUUGAGUAUUGCGACGACCCUGAGUCUGAUUCAUGAGAUUGUUUGUAUGAUAUGAAUGAUCGAAAAUGCUGCUGUUGUUUAGCGGAAAGAAAAAAGGGAGGUCCGUCGUUUUGCUUAUACUGACGACCUUGUAAGUAAGUAUUUCAUCAAUCUAGAUCUACAAAAGUCGUGUUAGUACGUUUUUUCUACUAACGAACAAAUUAUUUCAAAUACUUUGCGACAACGAACAAUAACUAUCGAAGAAACGAGAACGAAAAUGACGAGGGAGUCAUCUUCAGCAGCAUCUGGACACCACCAGAACAAACCCAAGCGGCGCCCGAGACUGAUGAAGGAGUUCAGUACCAACGAUCCCGUCCAUGGCACCAUUUCUUUGCCUGCCGUGUUGAAACAGUUCAUUGACCACCCUCUUUUUCAACGCAUGCGACAGAUCAAACAGUUGGGUGUGUGCGAACACGUUUACAUUGGUGCUACUCAUACCCGUUUUGCACACAGCAUUGGGACAGCUUACUUGGCCUACAAUUUGUUGGAAAAAUUAAGGUUUCGAGGGCGAAGAGAAGCUGGGACAGCCUAUGGCAUAUCGAAUUCGCCGAACACUAAGAAUGGUCUUCUAGGUAACGCUACUGGGGGAUCUCUGUCUAGUAGCUCUACAAGAGGCGCAAAGGGCCACCAGUUACCAACAACACAAGAAGAAGAAGACGACGAUGAAAAUUCUUCGUCACACGACGAUGAGGAUGCUUCUAGGAAAAUGAAACCUCUACGAUUGAUGGGUUUGGAUGAGGAUGAGGAAAGGAUCUCGCGUGAGGCAUCCUCGAGUCAGGAAUCCUCAUCGGCUAGGCGUGUAUCUUUUGGUUAAGGCAGAUCGUAUUAAUUUUCAUGGUUUUUUAGUUAUAGCUAAUUACUAAUUAUUGGUAAUACUUACUAUGGUGUUUUAGUUAAUAAUAUUAUAUAGUGAAGGUUUAGGCCCUGCGGCGCUCAAAGCACUAAGUAAAACAACCGGUUAGUUUUCACCUUGAUCACAAUCGUAGACUUAUCCCGUGCAACAAUUAUAAGUAUGGCACUGAUGGCACAUGAACGAUGAACUACGAGAAGUGACUGUGUUGGAGGAGCAUGAUCCAGGGGAGUCUGAGUUUGUCAGCACCUCAUACGUGACUCUAGAACGAAACAUGCUAAGUAGAUAUCAUAUGAGGAUAAGGAAAAGGAAGACUGAAGCUAUUUCUAAACCAAGGACGACCAUGACGAUGGCAUGUCAGGCAUGCAAGGAGCACCCAAACUUCAUCGCAAUAUUUCGAUUCAGCAUAGCCAAGACGCGGCUUCUCAAGACCUCUUCGUAGGUCCAAAUCUCGGUCUUAUGCAUGGAUUUAGUGACUGUACAGCUACCUAAAUAACACACUUGGAGUAGUUUUGAGGAGACUCGUCUUGGAAUUUUCUGAUUCCGCUGGCACUCCAGAAUUACACGCUCGUCGUUGGGUCCUUUUUGUGGAUGACACAUCUUCUUCGACAUCAUCAUCCACAAGCAAUUUCCAUGUUUUAGUCGACUACUUCACACUUCCAGUAUUGUGGUUUGGAUGACACACCCUUACCCUAGAGGUGUGGACAACAAAUAAUACUACCCAAGAAUUGGUACUCCAUUUUUUCAAAAAAUUGGUAGUCGUCCAUUCGAAAAAGUCGUCCAACAUCUACUCCCUCUAAAGCCAAAAGCCAAAGCUCCCAAUCAAACGAUGAAGAUGUGUUACCCCCAGGCGAGAUCUGCAGUGAUAAAGAUGCUCUCUGCAUUUGCAUCGCAGCAUUGUUGCACGAUAUUGGACAUCCGGCGUUUUCCCACAUGUUUGAGGAUUUCAUGAACCGAAUCUACAAGAGGAUGCAAAAGGAAAGCCAGAAAGAGGUACUACUUUCUUACAGUUAUAGAGUUAGGAGGUACUCUCUCUACUUAAAGUUACAGUAAGGAGGUACUCUGAGAGUACCUCCAGUAUCCUCUGAGAGAGUACUACUCUCUCACGGAUACGACUUUAGGAGGUACUGCUCUCUCACGGAUACGACUAGUUGGUGGAUGCAAUGAGGAGGGGAAGAGGAUGGAUCUUCGUUUUCAUCUUUAUUAUUCAAACCAUCCUCCAGAUCCGCGCAGUCCUUCCGCAUUUGAGUGAGGACGGAUGUAGAGCACGUGCAGGCAGCCAACCCAAGUGGACGCACGAGGAUGCAAGUUUGCUCCUUUGCGAUGCUAUUUUUAAGGACCUGAAAGCAAAUUCCAAGGACUUCGCGGAAUGCGAUUUGGUGGACCGGGAUUACAUUUUCAUCAAGGAGCUCAUCAACCCACCGAAAAAACAACUGUUUUAAGGCUAGAUACUGAAAUGCAGCUUUCCCUUUAACAACAGUACAGAGUAGGUACAGUCCCUGUUGUAUCUCUGGCAGCUUCUCCCACCUAGCUGCUAUUGACAUUGAUUAGAAAAAGCGCGGAGACCACUUCUUCCAAUAAUUCUUUCAUCUAGAAAGUAUCAUAUACUUACUUAUUCCUCGACUCGAGCAAAAAUCACUUCUAAUCGGUACAACACCUCGAGAGCGGGACACUGCACACCGAGUGGCCCAACUUGAUAAAGGGUCGUGACUUCCGGGAUGCCUGGAUGUAUGAGAUAGUCUCGAACUGGCGCUGUGGUCUAGAUGUAGAUCGCUUCGACUAUUUCCUUCGCGAUUGCUACCACCUAGGUAUCAAGACGGCGUUUGAUUUAUCCCGGUACAUGGAAAACGCCAGGCUGACGUCGUACCAGUACAAUACGAUGUUAUGAACGGAGGUCGUGGCAAUAUAUCACUUCUAAUAGAAGUCCGAUAACAAAAAACAAAAAUUAGAACCAGAUUGAGGCGCAAUUCUGGCGUCUAAGAUUCUGAUAAGUCAGCGUCUUUAGAAGAGACGAAUAGCUAUGACGCUAAGGUUGUGCCUUGACGAUGUCUUUGAUCGGGAUGCUUUCGAGGGUGCAGGUGCAGCCGUGAACUUUUCUACUUUAUCGAAGAAUAAAAUAUAUUUCAUCUUCAAAUCCAGUGAGCCCUUCUCUAAUCCUUUCCGAGCAAAAACGGCUAGACUCAGUAAAACCAGUGUCCUUGAACACGAUUGCAAUUAUGCGGAAGGAUGCGGAGAUAUUACAAAGAGACUUCUUUGAACAACGACAAGUCCUUCAUAAGACCGCUUAUCAGCAUCGCACGACGAAGAAAAUCGAACAGCACAUGCUGGAAAUAUUGGAUACUUUGUCCUUAUGGCCUCUUCAUAUUUGUAUCUUGGUUUUUAUGGGGGUUCCUGUGGUGACAGAAGUUAUUUCGGGUUUUUCGAAAGAGUCGUUGAAGACCGCGUGAGCGUGAGUCAAUACUGAAGCUCUACUUACGCAGAUGCAUGACUAUGUUGACUACAGCAGGCGCCGGGGGAUCUCUCAACUUUUAUACUGGUUUAAAAUAAGCGUUUAUUAAGUACAACCACCAAUAUCCUGUAGUUCCUUAUACCGGUGGUGUCGCCGUUUAAGUACCACCAAUAUAAUCCUGUUCCUUAUACUGGUGUCGCAGUACAACUAUUAAACAUGAUCUUCUAAUUACUCAAGGAGUGAAGCUCGUGAAUAAAGACGGAAAGCCCUGCACUAUCCCAGAAGCAGCGAAACUGCAUCCCCCUGAAGCCUUUGAUCCAGUCGCGUAUGCGCAAUUGACAGACUCUUUGGUUACCUCUCUGGUCUCUUAGGCAAAAGUGCACUCACACUCAAGAGUUGAUACUCGUAGAACUGAAAAGAAGCUACUUUCCUACUUGAAUCCUAGUUCACGGCCGUUAUAGAGGUAGACUAUUCGAUAAACUUCUGAAAUAACCGAGUUACUGACUGAAAUAAGGGAGGUAAGUAGCUCUGACAGGGCUACUCUUCCUUGUUCAGUAUCUCGCUUUUAUUUUCAGUAGUGUCAACUCGCUUAUUUCAGUCAAUAGCUACUUUCCUACUUGUGAAUCCUCUUCCACGGACGCUCAUCGAGGUAAGUACACUUGUGGAAUUGUAUCGUCCCGCUGGUAGUCGAGGAGUACUACUAGGGAUGCCAAUCAAUGAAUUAGUUCGUUAUCAUUGCUUGAGUGUGAGCGCGCUUGCUCCUUUCAUGUCUCUGGCUGUCUAUACACUGACAAUGAGCAUGUCAAGAAAGCGCAACAGAUGUAUAGAAGUACGAUACAAGCUCGCAACCUAAUGCGCAAUGCAGGCAUCGUCGAUGUUAGCUGGGCUAAUAAAGGGGAUAUUGAUUAAGGCUAGCACAUUUAUUUUUAUAGUGGCGACGAGUUGGUCCUGGUGGUCGAAUUGGGUUUACGGCUUUAGCCCUUUUCCCUAUUUCUUUCUUUAUUAUCAUCUCGUCUUUUAUUUGAUGCGAUUGCGUGAGACGAGAGUAGAAGAAAUCAAAACAAUGAAGACAAGCACAUGGUAGUGGCCACGACUCGUACCACUGCACCUGCACUUCUUCGUCUAAUUUCCCGAAGAAAAAGUGAAGGAAGAUUUAACCCGCAAAGGGUACGAGCCCAAGAUGAUCAGAAACAUGAUUGUGAAUGACCCUCCUACGAAAGACAUAUUCAAGAAUGAGCAGCUCAAGGUGAUCCAUGCGACUAUACAUCAAGGCUCUCUCGCAGAAAAUCCGAUGAAGUAUACUUAAGGCUCUAUUUUUAGAGCUAGUUAGAAAUAGUUAGAGUCAUAUUGAAUUCUUGAAAGAAGUGCCAUUUUGAAGAGAAGACCCAGAUCGUGAAAAGAAGAUGGAUACUUACGCUUAUCAUGGAGGGCCGGUAUAUUUUUAGAAGUAGUGCCCCUUGGGAUGUAAGUGAAUGAAUGCUUCUUCGCCUUCUUCUAAUGUUCUUUGAUGUUAGACGGAAAACGCGGAGAUAUGUGUCUUGGGCGUGACACAGUGGAUCGGAUAGGCAGCAUGUUUGAUCCAGAGGUCAUGCGUGCGAUCGAUAAGAUGAAGUACAUGCAGCAAACGCUAUUUGUCUUCUGGCAACCACCAUUGGACUGGAAGAAUUAAGGCAACCUCUCCACGACGAAAUCCUAUACUUAAAAAUCCAUCUUUCGAUCCUGGAGAGGAUUCAUCAAUGGACCCAAAAGAGAUUCUCCAGGAACGGGAUGUACAACUACUACUUCUAUCUUAACCUUAUAAUGUAAAAAGUAGAAGGAUCAUUAACAUUCAAGAUCACGCACAUACAACUAGCACAUCAGUUUCUAAGAUAAUCCGUUACCCGAUGGCCGUUUGAAGUAUCGUAUGACGCAUGAGGAUAUGAUCAAUAUGCUUACGAGAACGACAACAGCUCUGAAGGAGUGGACCCAGGACGCAAGAGCGAAGCAUCCGGUUAUUGGAGCUUUUGGAGGUAGAUUAACAAGUGAACUCAUCUUAUGCCAGGUGGUGAAGUUGAAUUCUUCAACGAACAGUUUACGAAGGCUACAUCGAACUACAUUACGCUCGCAUACUACAGCCGCACUGUCUGUUUUUCUCUUCUCAACCUUAGUACAUUAAAAAUAGGACCAGAUCACGAUUCCUACUUCAAGUACAGGGUUAGCAGUGCUAUACUUCAAUUCAACAUUCUAACUAGUACAACGAGUAAAUACAACACACAAUUCAACAUUCCAACUAUUCCGACUAGUACAACGAGUAAAUACAACACACAAUUCAACAUUCCAACUAUUCCGACUAGUACAACGAGUAAAUACAACACAGGCAUAGCGCGUCCCAGCGAAGAUAGUUCUGCGGAGUCGCCGAAACGUCAGGAGACAGCGUGCGGCAACCUGGUUUCUCCGCUUCCUAAAUUAAGGGUAGGUUAAAGGUGCUUUUCUUACCGCUUUUUAUGCCUCUCAUCUCCCUUAGGAUGAGAAAGGCAUAGAAAGCGGGGUAAGCAAGCACCAAAAAGCUACCUCUAACUAAACCAGUAAACAAGCAGAAGAAGCCUCGUACUUUGAAACGACACGCCGAUACAACCUGUGGAAUUCAUUCCAGUGUGGUGUUGUCGAAAUUAUGCCACAUGUGAUGGAGAAAUGUCAUUGUCUUUGUAUUUGCUGUUAUAUUUUCAACAGAAUAGUUUAUAGGUAAUCCUUAUUCAUUUGAUGUGUAUUAGUAAUUUUUGAUGUGGCUUUAUAGACGGUGGGAAGGUGCUGGGCACGCUGGGCUAUGUUGUGCACUGUAGUGUUAAAUAAAACCGCUUGCUUUUUGUUGAUUCGAUGAUUGACGAUACAAGACCGGAAUACUGAUCAGGAAGGAUGAUUGUCGGUCACAUAUUAAGUAGAUCCAUCAUUUCAAUACAAACACUCUUUACUACAGUGCCUUCGCCUUGCAUCUCUUUGAACACUACUGCUAAUACUAAUAAUAAUCAUGCAGUUCCAUCUACUUCUUGCAAGCACCAUUCACCCGCUUUCCACCCAAAGCUUUCAUACCGAAUGGAUGCAUAUCACAAUUACGCAAACGACGAGGAGCGAGAGCGAGGCUCAGAGGAGGCAAAAAUCAAUUCAGCGGAACUCGUUCGACGUAGGAGUUGUGGAAGCGAGCCACCUAUUAUCGAAUCACCACCUGCCGCACCCGCAGGAGGAGCUUCUGCUGAAAAAAACCAGCACCAGGCCACUGCAACUACUAUAUCUAAUGAAGAUAUAGGUAAACCAUAUAGGACUUCGAUCAUCGAAUCACCAGCUGCAUCAACGCCAACAGCGGUUUUUCGAUAUCAGCCGAAGGUGCAGUUGCCAUUGGCGUUUUCUGACAUGAGUGCUGUUACGACAUCGACUUUCACCUUCGAUUCAUUAACACUACACUGUAAACUGCAUGAGAAGCAUGAGAAGUCGUGUAUUGAGAUCAAGAUCCAGACCUUUCAUCACGAACAGCAUGAUCGGGAAUGAAUGUACCUAUAGUGAUCAGCUCUAAAUAGAAAAACAGCGGCAACAUUGAUAAGGGCGGUCCUGCUUCAUCAGUAGCCACCGCUGACUUCGUCUUGAGGGCGCAAAAGCUGCGAGACGCAUCAAUUGGCGGACUUACUCCCUUGAGUUCUGAUACGCCAACGCAUAUGAAGAGAAAAAAUCCAGCAAACUUUUUCCCAAACGAAGGUGGUGCAGCCGGUGGAAGUGGAACUAAAAAGGUUGCUACACCUAAGGUUUCACAGUCUAAAAGAGGUGGAGAAGAUGUGGUAGAAAUUAUCGACUUAGAGUUAGAAGGGGAUGAAGACGACAAAUGAAGAAGAUUUCGAUUUCAACAUGAUCACGAUCAUAAGGCUUUCCAUCGUGGUGAGAAUCAAGAAGGUAUUGAAGAUAAGUUUUGGUCGAUUUCUGCUCUAGGAAUCAUGAAGUCUAAAUUUGCAUCUUAUAUCAAGUAGUUCGAAUGUUGUGUCUGGAGGGGCAUUUAUGUCGAUCCCCGUUUAUUACCUUCCAAGAAAACCCACACGCGCCCCCGUGUAGUUAUAAGUACCCCUCGCUUGUUUAGAUUUGCUUUUCUUCUUCUUCAUCUUUCACCCUGGCGCUUAACACCAUGCUCUACUGCUCCGAGAGCAAACUCCUUUUGCCCUAAAUUUUUGAAUCCUACAUCUCCUCCUACACCUACACCUUGUUUUGUCACAUUUUAUCUUGUUCAGUCCACACGCGCUCAUCCUCAUAGCGACUUCAUCGAGUCUGCUCUUAAAGACCUGUUUGAACGAACAAAAGAAUGAAAUGACGAAGAUCUUCCAUACUGGAGAAUUCCAAAUGGGUCACCAGUACCUUCAACAUGUCUUCAAGAAUCCUAGUUCUAGUGCAAGGACGGAAAUGAAACGGACGGGUCGUGCAAAUGCGAAUCUUACUCUCAGAAGAUCAGUCCUCGCAGAUCGUCGAAC